AUAUGAAAUAUAAUCAAGUUUAGCAAUUUUAUGUGCGUGUGCGUCGAGAGGUCAAAAGUGUGCGUGUGAGUGACAGCGAAAGUUCUUAAACAACUUACAAAGUGCGUUUUGGCGUUCGCCAAAUUGAAAAUUUUCCACAAGCGUUGGGCUAACGAACAGCAACAACAAUAACAACAACACCAAUCACUAGGCCAAGUACAGCAAACUGAAGUUUAAAACAGCAUAAACUAAUACAGAGAUUCUUGUCUGUGUUUGUGGAUCUGAGUUGUAAACAAUAGGCUACUCUAAACAUCGACUGCAAAUUAAACAGACUCCUCGGCAAAAUAAUGAGCAAACAGCUAUAAAUUUGGCACGCCCCAGGAAAAUGCAUUGCAGCAGAACAAGCAAUUAAAACAUAGAGAAGCGAAACCAGUUUGGGGAGUUCCACUGCCGGUCGAAAGUUGCUGCUGGUGACUCACCUAAAGGACGACAACGACAACAACUGUAUUGAAUAAUUAAAAAUUUGUAAGUGCUGCUGCUCGAGUCGCAGCUAAAGUUUUGCGGCCCAGGCUCUCUAGCAUAAACAAUGGAAUAAUUAAUUCAAUGCAAGCAAAUACGCCGGCUUACACACGAAACGUUAGCAAAUUCAAUUGAGUGCAGCUCCAACUACAUAGUGAGAGAGAGAGACAACUACUACUACUACAACUACCAGAAGUACGCUCGCGAACAAACAAAAUGGCUGCACACAGAGCAAUGCAAACAAUUAGCCAACAGUCAGCCAGGUCGCGGCAAGGACACAGCAACAGAAGAACACAAGAACAACAAGCGCGAUUCGACUAUCUGCCCGUCAUAGUCAUGGCAAUAAUGCUGCUAUCACAGCAUUGGGAGUGCGCAUCUGCCCAGGGUCUAAUGGCCAAGCAUGAGCCCAUGUUCAUAUCACGUUCGGAGACAUUUAAAUUCAUUGCUGGCGACAUCAUAGUGCUGCCCUGUGAAGUGGCCAAUACGGAACCGUAUGUCGUUGCCUGGAAACGCGGCAUUGCCAUACUCACGGCCGGCUCCGUCAAGGUGACACCCGAUCCGCGCGUGCGUUUGGUCAACGGCUUUAACCUGCAGAUACGUGAUGCUGUGCCACAGGAUGCUGGCGAUUAUAUCUGUCAAAUUGCCACCAUGGAGCCACGCGAGAUAACGCACACCGUCGAAAUCUUGGUGCCACCAAGGAUUCAUCACAUUAGCACCGGCGGACAUUUGCAAGUCAAAAAAGGUUCAUCAGUGCGCAUUGAGUGCUCGGCCUCUGGUAAUCCAACGCCAAAUGUGACUUGGAGCCGCAAAAAUAAUAUUUUGCCCAAUGGCGAGGAGAAGCUGCACUCACACGUCCUCUCAAUUGAGAAUGUUGAUCGACACAAAGGCGGCGUCUACAUAUGCACGGCCAACAAUGGCGUCGGCCAGCCCGCAUCCAGCCAGGUCGUGCUGCACGUGCUCUAUCCGCCAGAAAUAUCCGUGGAGCGUCCCGUUGUGUUCUCGGGCGAGGGGCAUGAGGCCAUGCUGGUCUGCAUUGUGCAUGGCGAGACACAGCCUGAGGUAAUUUGGUUCAAAGACACCAUGCAAUUGGACACCACGGAGCGACAUAUCAUGGAGAAUCGCGGCUCACGUCACACGCUGAUUAUACGCAAAGUGCAUCCGCAGGACUUUGGCAACUACUCCUGCGUGGCCGAGAAUCAACUUGGCAAGUCACGAAAAACUUUGCAGCUCAGCGGAAAACCGAAUGUUGCCGUAUUUAAUUCACCAGCAAUCAGUCAAUACAAGGACAGAUACAACAUUUCGUGGGUGGUCGACUCGCAUGCGCCCAUUGAGGAGUACAAGUUGUCCUUCCGCAAGCUGCCACAAGGACAUGAGGUCGUUGACAAUGCCAUUGACUCGCAGGGCUCUUCCUCUUCAUCGUCUUCAUCAUCGUCUGGCGCUACAUACGGCACGAGCAAUCACAAUCGCAUGACCAACAACAUGGCCAACUAUGGGGGCUAUGGCAAUCUGAUGCGUUGGGGCCACAACGACUGGCGUGAUGUGGUGCUGCCAGCGGUGCCCCUCUCCCACCACUACACACAAGGCAUGAGCUACUUGGUGCGCGGCCUGGAUCCCGAUCAACAGUACGAGGCAACCGUCCAAUCCCGCAAUCGCUAUGGCUGGAGUGACUUGACCAACAGCUUCUUUUUCUCCACAUCAUCGAAUGACGCGCUUGUCGAUCUAUCAACAUUCUUAAAUCAUGGUCAGACAGAUAACGAGAUGCGAGAUCUGAGCGUCACUUUUUACGGCAACAGCGCUAUAAGUAGACAAAAAGUCAGCUUUGUCACAUCAGCAGCCCUCACAUGGAUAUUUAAGCUGAUCUUGACUUAAAUAGAGACUCUCUCACACUAAGUUGUAUAUUUGUUUCGGGUUUAGGUAACGAAUUUCUCCGCCAAUAGCAUUAACAAUUUUAUGCAUUUGAUUUUUUAUUAAAUAAUAGUUUAUGGAAGCAGAAAGACGAUGCAAACAACUCUAUUGUUAACUAAGUAAAUUAAGUGGCAUACAUACAUAAAUUGUAUAUGCAUAAGAAAAAUAUGCAAAUUUUCUCCAAAUCCAAUUUCUUCAAUCAAAACAUCACAAAAAAAGAAAAACAAAAGUAACAAAAAAGCAAAACACAUACUACAUACAUAAAUGAAAGCAUAUUUAAUUCUAUGUAUUUAGCAUAUACGGAACAAUCAAUGUUAAAGCAUACCAAGAUGGACCCACUGUGCAUACGAUAAACGUACAUACAAAAAAUAAAAGAGUAAAAAUGCAAAUACAGUUACAGUUACGGCACCCACUAAAAACAAAACAAAAUAAAAGAAAACACACUCAAAUGUAUAUAGGUUUUAUUCCAUAUUUAUCAUACUAUUUAGACGUAUCUCUAGGUUAUCUACUGCACCAACAACAACAACAACAACAAAAUGAAAUAAGAGCAAGCGAGAUGCUUGCCUAAUAAAUAAAUGCAAACUAAAUAAAUAUACACUACAUACUAUAUGUAUUAAUUAACGAUGCGCAUUGCUUUAGCCUAUCUGUGUGUGCAUAUAACUGUGAAUGUUCUAGUGUGUGUGUGUGACUGGGCGCGUGUGUGUGUGCAA